AUGCAAUGGCUGAUAAGGUUCCAGGUCCUCAGGACCAUCUACAAAUCCUCCUAUGGCUUCCACUCUGCCCCUUGGCAGCUGCGCUACCAGUCUUCAUCAAAAACAGGAGCUGCAAGAUGGAAUGACCAUGAUGUGCCUGAGGAAUUUAACUUUGCAAGCUGUGUGCUGGACUAUUGGGCUCAGAUGGAGAAGGAGGGCAAGAUAGGUCCAAACCCAGCCUUUUGGUGGGUGAAUAGGCAAGGAGAAGAAUUGAAAUGGACCUUCAGAGAGAUAACAGACCUAACGUGUCGUGUAGCCAACAUCUUCAAGCAGACCUGUGGCCUUCAGCAAGGAGACCGUCUAGCCUUGAUUCUACCUCAAGUGCCUGAGUGGUGGCUUGCGACGGUGGGCUGCAUCCGGACAGGGAUCAUUUUCAUCCCAGGGACCAUCCAAUUGAAAGCAAAGGACAUUCUCUACCGACUUCAAGUAUCUAAAGCCAAGGGCAUCAUGACUACAGAGACCCUUGCCCCAGAUGUGGAUUCUGUGGCUUCAGAGUGCCCUGCUCUGAAAACCAAGAUCCUGGUGUCUGAUCACAGGCAAAAUGGGUGGCUGGACUUCCGAUCGCUGAUGAGAUCAGCAUCCCCAGAUCACACUUGUUUUAAGUCAAAGACAAUGGACCCAAUGGUCAUCUUCUUCACCAGCGGGACCACAGGACUCCCCAGGAUGGCAACACAUUGCCAUGGAUUUGCCUUACGAUCUUCAUUCCCUUCAUGCAGGAAAUUACUGAACCUAAAGACGUCUGAUGUCAUCUGGUGCCUGUCGGAUCCAGGUUGGAUUCUGUCUUUCUUCGGGUCCCUGAUUGAACCAUGGACAGCAGGGUCUACAGUCUUCAUCCAUUAUCUUCCCCAUUUUGACCCCAAGGUCACUGUACAGGCAUUGUUCAAAUACCCCAUCACCCAUUUCCUUGGGGUACCAUCCAUAUUUCGAAUGAUUCUGAAGCAGAAUUUCACCAGUCUCAGGUUUCCCACCCUGGAGCACUGUCUUACAUCCGGGGAGUCCCAGCUGCCUGAGGAGCACAAGGAGUGGAAAAGACAGACAGGCCUUCUGCUCUAUGAUGUCUAUGGACAGAAAGAAACGGGACCAAUUUGUGGUGUCUCCCGGGGAAUGAAGAUCAAACCAGGAUCUGCAGGGAAGGCCAUGCCACCUUAUGACGUCCAGAUCAUCGAUGACAAGGGCAACAUCCUGCCACCCAACACCGAGGGGAGCGUUGGCAUCAGGAUUAAGCCCACCAGGCCCACUGGCAUCUUCAAGUGCUAUGAGGGUGACCCAGAGAAGACAGCAGAAGUGGAAUGUGGGGACUUUUACAACACUGGGGACAAAGCAACUAUUGAUACAGAUGGCUACAUCUGGAUCAAGGGCAGGAAUGACGACAUCAUUAAUGCUUCUGGGUACCUGUGGAUCUCCCCAAACCUCUGUAUCCAGAAGAAUGAAAUCCAAGAGGUGGUGAAGGCAUUUAUCGUCCUGAGCCCUCAGUUCCUGUCUCAUGAUCGGGACCAGCUCACCAAAGAGCUGCAGGAGCACGUGAAGAUGGCUACAGCCCCAUACAAGUACCCGAGGAAGGUGGAGUUUGUCCUAGAGCUGCCUAAAACCAUCACUGGCAAGAUUAAACGGAGUGAACUGCGAAGAAAGGAGUUUGGUUUGAUGUAAUCACAAAAACCCA